UUUUUUUAAUUGUCGUUUAGAUUCCAAAACCAGGGGCUGCGCAUGGAAAAUGCAGAAGGCACAUUCAUAACUACACAAAUUCUUGGAAGCAUUCAGAGUUUUAUCUCGUCCUUGCUACUGACUUCGCGUCGGUCGCUGGAUCUCUUUAUUUUAAGGAGUUUGGCUUUGGAGGUUUAGCAAUGGCCAGUGGUUUUGGGGAAUCAACAAGCAGGUCACCCCAAAACCCUUCUUACUCUAGCAACAAUAGUAAUGCUGAUGCUGUUAAUUUUGAAUGCAAUAUUUGCUUUGACUUAGCUCAAGAUCCAAUUGUGACUUUAUGUGGUCAUCUUUUCUGCUGGCCAUGCCUUUACAAAUGGCUUCACAUUCAUUCUAAUUGUCAAGAAUGUCCAGUAUGUAAGGCUGUAAUUGAAGAGGAGAAGUUAGUCCCCUUGUAUGGCCGAGGAAAAACAUCAGCUGACCCUAGAUCAAAAUCCAUCCCUGGUGUUAAUAUUCCGAAUCGUCCUGCAGGGCAGAGACCAGAAACAGCUGCUCCUCCAGAACCAAAUCAUUUUCAUCAUCAUCCACAUGGUUUUGGAUUUACGGGAGGGUUAGGAGGAUUUGCACCAAUGGCAACAGCAAGAUUUGGGAAUUUCGCUCUAUCUGCUGCUUUUGGUGGUCUCAUUCCUUCGUUGUUUAACCUUCAGGUGCAUGGGUUCCCUGAUCCUGCCAUGUAUGGGGCAGCUGCUGGCUUUCCUUAUGGGUUUACUAAUUCAUUUCACGGUGGUCAUGUACAUGGAUAUCCUCAGCAUACAGGUCAAGGUCAGCAAGAUUAUUAUCUAAAGAGACUGCUUUUGUUUAUUGGUUUUUGUGUUCUUCUGGCUCUUAUUUGGCAAUAGAUAUGUCUGCAAUUUGGGCUCAAUGGCUAGCAGGCCUUUAGACAUGUCAGCUAUAUUAUUUCUGUAAAUCUAUUAGUGCAUGUUAUGUUAACUCUUUCUCUUUUCAUUAUUAUAAUAAGAAUAAUUAUUAUUAUUUUGGUUGA